CGGGUGCGCUGGCGGCGCCCACCGUUUACGACGGGCCGGAAAGUAGCGGCCGCAGCCAGUGCCGGGCCUGGUCGGGCCGAGCCGGGCCAGUAUGGGGAAAAUUGCGCUGCAGCUCAAAGCCACGCUGGAGAAUGUCACCAACCUCCGGCCCUUGGGCGAGGACUUCCGGUGGUACCUGAAGUGUCUGCCCAGCUGAACCAGCUAUUUUACUGAUCUUCUUUUUCCUCCCCCAAGAUGAAAUGUGGCAACUGUGGUGAGAUUUCAGAGAAGUGGCAAUAUAUUCGGCUGAUGGACAGUGUGGCACUGAAGGGAGGUCGUGGCAGCGCCUCCAUGGUCCAGAAGUGCAAGCUGUGUGCAAGGGAAAACUCCAUCGAGCCACAUCUGGGCACCUGGACAGGGCCAGGGUAUGGACUCGUCAACUUUGUCUUCUCUUAUGUUUCAGAGAUUUUGAGCAGCACCAUCAAAUCUUACAAUGCUGAAGACAAUGAGAAGUUCAAGACAAUUGUAGAGUUUGAGUGUCGGGGCCUUGAACCAGUUGAUUUCCAGCCUCAGGCUGGGUUUGCUGCCGAGGGCGUGGAAUCGGGGACGGUCUUCAGUGAUAUUAAUCUUCAGGAGAAGGACUGGACUGACUAUGACGAAAAAGCUCAGGAAUCUGUGGGAAUCUAUGAGGUCACCCACCAGUUUGUGAAGUGCUGAACCCUCUUCCUGCACACUUGCCUCAAAGAACUGAGAAGGGACAAUGUGCCCCAAGCAGCAGAGCCCACUGAGGCUAAUCCCCUCAUCCCCUGUCUGCUGGAAGCUGUCUGAGCCCUCACAGCCUGCAUGCUGGGCUCUGCCACAGCUUCCCAAGCAUCACCAAUAAAGCCGCUGUUUGUGCUA